GUUUCAUAAUUCAUAUGUUAUAUGAAUAAUAUUUGCGCAGCGACUCAUUUCGCUUUAAAAUUCGAUGUGGAUUUCCCAUCUUCAUAAGGCUUUAUCGUCCGUAUUAGCUAUUCAUUCCUAUUCGCUACUUGCGAGACAUCCACUGCCUUACUGCGUAAAAUGCAGCACCAAGCGCAACAGGGAUUCGCGAACAUGUACAUAUAUCUCCACUUUGACGUUUUUGGAAUUAUUUUCAGGCCUUAGCUCGAAUAAUAAGCAUUUUGGCGUUCAUGGUUCUUGGGGUAAACCCUGGACACAAGACGCCUCCUUUACCAUACCCUGUCGAGACGUUUCUCCCAGGGCAACCAAGGACAUCACGAAUAUUCUACUGGCGCGCUUUAAGCUUGGGGGUCACUUAACAUGCCCGCUCGCGAGAUGAGGUAAACUCGAAACGGUUCUCCGCCGUCACUUUACCACGGGGCACAGGGUAUUCAGGGCUCGCCUGAAAGUGUCGGUUUCAAGGUCGAACCCGAACUAGCGAGGAAUUGUACAUCUAUCAGCCCGUGCCAACAGGAUACUACAAUUAUCCGAGAUGCCGAGAUCGCCGCCAACGUAGUGAACGAGUGCGGACGAACAGAAAUAU